AUGGAAGAAGCAGAGGACAAAUUGUCAAAUCUACCAAAAUUCAUUCUUCAUAACAUACUAUCAAGGCUAAUAUCGGAAGAAGCUGCUAGGACAAGUGUUUUGUCAAAGACUUGGUUAGAUACAUGGUAUACUUUUCCCUGCUUAUGUUUUUGCGAUCUUGAUUUCAUAAAUGAGAUACAACCAACGGAAGAUAUACCUAGGAAGAGUAAGGACUUCAUUGAAUAUGUAAAGAGCAGAUUAUUAUGGUUUUGGGACCGAAGGUUGGCCAUCAAAGAAUUUUACUUUGCAAUAUUAGAUCUUCGCUACAUGCCAAAUGAUCUUGAUCUUUGCUUGAAGUUGGUCGGUGAAAGUGUUGAAAUUUUAAGUAUUUGUUUGCCUAAAUAUGGUUCCAUCAGCCAGGAUGAGAAUGGUCAGGGUCGGGGCGAAUGUUAUGUCUUACCGAAGGGUGUAAUUGAAGUCAAAUCACUUACCAAGUUGAUGUUAGAAGGAGGUAUUAGAGUCGAUCAAGCAUUCAUGAAUCAUUCGAUUAAUAAGUUUUUGUCGUUGAGAGAAUUACAUUUGUUGCAUGUCCUUUUGGAAGAUAAACAAGCAAUUGAGCGUCUCAUUUCUUGUUGUCCUUUGAUUGAAGUUAUAAUUUUGAUGCUUUUAAGUGGCAGUAUGAAGUGUUUGAGCAUGCAUGGUCUACAAAAGCUAAACACAGUUUAUGUUGAUGGAAUAAAAGAGGUUUAUAUCGAUGAAGCUGCUUCGAGUCUUAAGAGUUUAUAUUAUUGCUAUGAUCAUCGUUUGAACACACCAUUUAAGAUUGAUUUUAUUCACCUCAAAUAUUUAAAAGAGUUGCUCUUGUGUUUUAAUGGUACUACUAUUAUCACAGAAAAAUGGUUUCUUGAACUAUUACCAAAAUUUCCAUUUCUUGAGACGUUGGAGAUAUGGCAUUGUAUACUGUCAGAUACGAUUAAUAUUUCAAGUGUUCAACUUAAAUAUUUAAGGGUAUCGGAUUGCUCUAACUUGAAGGAGGCCAAAAUUGAUGCUCCAAAUCUAUUGUCAUGUGGAUUUGAGGGUUUUCAUCGCUCAAAACCUAUUAUAUCUUUUUUAAACAUGUCUACUCAACUACAAGUCCGUCUUAGGAUCUCGAUUGAUGAUUUUGAUGUUUUUUAUGUGAGGGAAGUUCUCCAAAAUAUCAAACCUCAAAAUGUUUUUAUAUCACUAUCUCUCUCCAUCUUUCAUAAUUAUGGUGUGGAUGGACCAAAACUAGAGUUGUUGGAUAUUCCAUCCCCUCCACCAAGUAUCAAGCAUAUGGACCUAUACAUUCUUUCAGAAGUAAAUGAAACUUUUUAUUCAGUUAUUGUUAAUUUCUUACUUUUGUGUUGUGUCCCUGAAACUAUAUCUUGGGUCUUGGAUACUUGCAUUAAUCCUCAAGCAUUCGUUGAGUUUUUUUAUGAAACGCUAAGGAGAAGAAAAGAUGAUACUAAGUGUUUGUGGCGUGAGGAUAGCUCUACAACAAAUUAUAGCCCCUGGCGUGGGACCAUCUUAGAAUCGUUGCCAAAUUUUCCGGCUCGAAGAAAUAUUACCUCUAGACUACAUUACCUCGAGUAA